CUCGCCCCUCCCCCCGCUUCGACCCGCAGCCCCACGGCCGCGCCGCAGAAUCGGGCUCUUCAGGCACAGACGGACUUGUGCAGAGCGGAGUGGGAAGAUUGGACUUUGCGGUGGAAGCAGCAUCCUUGUGGUCUGGGACCAGGCGGAGGGCGACCCCACCCUAGGGGGAGCAGAAGACCCGCCCUGACCUAGCGCGGCCCAACCUAGUUCUGCCCGGCCUGAGAGCCCCGCCCAGGAGCCGGCUCUGUAGCAGAGCCCGCUGGAAUCUGGGAGAUGCAAAGACUUACGGCCAGGAAGGUGUAAUUGCUCGCCCACGGCCUCAACACUCGGGGCGCCGCCACACUGGGAACCGACCGAGGCGCUCGAGCCCCACGGCUGGCGGGCGGAAGGUGACCAGCUCCCUGCGCCCGGCAGCGCGGCCAUCAUGGACAAGAUCCUGGAGGCCGUGGUGACGUCGUCGUACCCGGCCAGCGUGAAGCAGGGGCUCGUGCGGCGCGUGCUGGAGGCGGCGCGGCAGCCGCUGGAGCGGGAGCAGUGCCUCGCGCUGCUGGCUCUGGGCGCGCGCCUCUACGUGGGCGGCACGGAGGAGCUGCCGCGCCGCGUGGGCUGCCAGCUGCUGCACGUGGCCGGCCGCCACCACCCCGACGUCUUCGCCGAGUUCUUCAGCGCGCGCCGCGUGCUGCGCCUGCUGCAGGGCGGCUCGGGCCCGCCGGGGGCCCGCGCGCUGGCCUGCGUGCAGCUGGGCCUGCAGCUCCUGCCCGAGGGGCCCGCGGCCGACGAGGUGUUCGCGCUGCUGCGGCGCGAGGUGCUGCGCACCGUGUGCGAGCGCCCCGGGCCCGCCGCCUGCGCGCAGGUGGCCCGGCUGCUGGCACGGCACCCGCGCUGCGUGCCCGACGGCCCGCACCGCCUGCUCUUCUGCCAGCAGCUGGUGCGCUGCCUCGGCCGCUUCCGCUGCCCCGCCGAGGGCGAGGAGGGCGCCGUGGAGUUCCUGGAGCAGGCCCAGCAGGUGAGCGGGCUCCUGGCGCAGCUGUGGCGCGCGCAGCCCGCUGCCAUCCUGCCCUGCCUCAAGGAGCUGUUCGCCGUCAUCUCCUGCACAGAUGAGGAGCCACCAUCUAGCGCCCUGGCCAGCGUGGUCCAGCACCUGCCGUUGGAGCUCAUGGAUGGCGUUGUCCGGAACCUCAGCAAUGAUGACAGCGUGACGGACGCCCAGAUGCUCAUGGCCAUUAGCAGGAUGAUCGACUGGGUGUCCUGGCCCCUGGGGAAGAACAUCGACAAGUGGAUCAUUGCCCUGCUGAAGGGCCUGGCUGCCGUUAAGAAGUUCAGCAUCUUGAUCGAGGUCUCGCUCUCCAAAAUCGAGAAGGUUUUCUCCAAGCUGCUGUACCCCAUCGUGCGGGGAGCCGCCUUGUCUGUCCUCAAGUACAUGCUCCUGACUUUCCAGCACUCCCAUGAGGCCUUCCACCUGCUCCUGCCUCACAUCCCGCCCAUGGUCGCCUCCCUGCUCAAGGAGGACUCGAACUCGGGGACCAGCUGCCUGGAGCAGCUGGCAGAGCUGGUCCACUGCAUGGUGUUCCGCUUCCCGGGCUUUCCGGACCUGUAUGAGCCUGUCAUGGAGGCCAUCAAGGACCUCCAUGUUCCUAACGAGGACCGCAUCAAGCAGCUGCUGGGGCAGGAUGCCUGGACCUCCCAGAAGAGUGAGCUGGCUGGCUUUUACCCCCGGCUCAUGGCCAAGUCCGACACAGGCAAGAUUGGCUUAAUCAACCUGGGCAAUACCUGCUACGUGAACAGCAUCCUCCAGGCCUUGUUCAUGGCUUCCGACUUCAGGCACUGCGUGCUCCGUCUGACCGAGGACAACUCGCAGCCCUUGAUGACCAAGUUGCAGUGGCUCUUCGCCUUCCUGGAGCACAGUCAGCGGCCCGCCAUUUCCCCGGAGAACUUCCUCUCUGCCUCCUGGACACCCUGGUUCAGCCCCGGCACCCAGCAGGACUGCUCCGAGUACUUGAAGUACCUGUUGGAUCGGCUGCACGAAGAGGAGAAAACGGGCACCAGGAUCUGCCAGAAGCUCAAGCAGUCGAGCACGCCCUCCCCGCCGGAGGAGCCCCCCGGCCCCAGGUCGACCUCAGUGGAGACGAUGUUCGGAGGCAAGAUAGUGACACGGAUCCGCUGUCUGCGCUGCCUCAACGUCUCCUCCCGCGAGGAGGCCUUCACCGACCUCUCCCUGGCCUUUCCGCCGCCCGAGCGCUGCCGCCGCCGCCGCCGCCUGGGCUCGGUGCUGCGGCCCGCGGAGGAGGUGAGGGCCCAGGCCGCCGGCAGGGCGGGCGCCGGGCGGCAGCGCAAGGUCUGCAUCGCCGGCGACGCCGCGCCUCCCGUGCUGCACAUCGACGGCCUGGGCGCCGAGAGGGAGGAGGACGCGGAGGCGGAGAGGGACGAGGGAGGCGCGGCGGAGGAGGAGGGGGAGGAAGGCCCGCGGGGGGAGCAGCAGCCGCCGCCGCCACCGCAGAAAGAGGAGGAGGAGGAGAGGGAGGAGGAGGAGAAGGUGGAGAAGGAGAAGGAGGAGACGGAGAAGGAGGAGGACACCUCGGGCCCCGGCACCCCAGGCGCUGCCGCCGCCCCGUCCAGCCCCGAGGGCUCCCGCUCUGUCCUGGACCUGGUCAACUACUUCCUGUCGCCCGAGCGGCUGACGGCCGAGAACCGCUACCGCUGCGAGUCGUGCGCCUCCCUGCAGGACGCCGAGAAGGUGGUGGAGCUGAGCCAGGGGCCGCGCUACCUCAUCCUCACGCUGCUGCGCUUCUCCUUCGACCUGCGCACCAUGCGGCGCCGCAAGAUCCUCGACGACGUCGCCAUCCCGCUGCUGCUCCGCCUGCCGCUGGCCGGCGGCCGGGGCCAGGCCUACGACCUGUGCAGCGUCGUGGUGCACUCGGGCGUGUCCUCCGAGAGCGGCCACUACUACUGCUAUGCCCGGGAGGGCGCGGCCCGGUCCGGGGCCGCCGACAGGCCCGAGCCCGAGAACCAGUGGUACCUGUUCAAUGACACCCGGGUGUCCUUCUCCUCCUUCGAGUCCGUCAGCAACGUCACCUCCUUCUUCCCCAAAGACACGGCCUACGUGCUCUUCUACCGGCAGCGGCCCGGGGACGGACCAGCAGCCGAGCCCGGGUCGCCCAGAGUGCGCGCCGAGCCCACCCUGCACAAGGACCUGAUGGAAGCCAUUUCCAAAGACAACAUCCUGUACCUGCAGGAGCAAGAGAAGGAGGCCCGGAGCCGAGCAGCCUACAUCUCGGCCCUCCCCGCAUCUCCCCACUGGGGGAGGGGAUUUGACGACGACAAGGAUGAGGACGAAGGCUCUGCGGGAGGCUGCAACCCUGCAGGUGGCAAUGGCGGUGACUUCCAUAGACUGGUCUUCUAAUGGCAACCCUCCUGCAGCGUGUUUCUACCUGUGGGGCAGCAGAGCCAAUGGGGGGAGGCCUCAGCCCCUCCCUCUUGAGAGCCGGAUGGGGCCUUCAGGGCCCAGGCUGAGCUGCUCUGCCAGGUGGGGUCAGAGGCGGCCUUGGGGGCAGGCUCAGUCUCUGUGUAGGCCCUUCGAGGGCACAGGGCUGCAGAAGGAAGCUUCUGGAACGUUGGCCCUGUCACCUUGGUAGAGAUGCAGAUGUGAGGUCCAAGCUUCUUGGACCUCAGGCCCUGAUGCUGGCAUCGGCUACGUUAAGAUUUCACUCCCAAGUGUCCUGGCUGACUUGCAGCAGCCUCCCUGGGCAGGCGGUGGGCUUGGCCUCUCCCUGCAAGGAGCCUGCCCUGGGAUAGGGGACCUCGCUCGGGACGCGGGCCUGGGCAUCGCCUCCAGUGCCUGGCUCAGGUCGCCUUUCCCUUCAGCCCCUCUUGGCCAGUUCUGGCUCCAGCAUGAAAAGCACACCGGGAUCCACGCCUGUGCAUGGGCUGGGGCUGUGGGCUGCCUCUGGCUGCCCUCCAGCUGUUCUGAGGUCUUAGGGGCGAGGCAGGUGCACGCCUCCGCAGUUGGCCCUUUUGAGAGCAGUGCAGAUGGGAAGUGGCCUGACCCAGGACCGGCCCCAGGUCUCCCAUUGGGUCCUCCGUCCCCACACCAGGUGUUGUGCCACAGGGAAAGCCUUCGCCCCUCCCAGCCUCGCCCGCCUCAGUGCCUGAGAUGCCACCAUUAGCAUCGCCCCCUCCCCCGCUCUGGUUGAGGUAGAGGGGCUUUAUUUUCCUGCAAAGAUGUUUCUCACGAAGCCACAGUCUGUGUGGCGGCAGCUGGCUGGCUUGGCUGCUCUGAGCUUGGCGGCUGUGUGAGGGCUGCCUCCAUGGGCCCUGACACUGCUGUAGCCCCCUCAAAAUGGAGAGGAGAAACUCGUGUUCUUGAACAGGAAUAAAGCUAGGUUCUCUGAUGCCUGGGAAAGCUGUCGUUCUUCCUGCCUCGGCGGCUGUGAUGUGCUCUGUCCGCUUGCUCUCCUCCCUGCCUGGGAAGUUGGAUGGCCCUCCUUGCUCCUCAAGGUGAGGUGAGGACACACCUGGUGACAGACCUGGGCACUGGUGCUGGGCCUCGGAGGACCGAGCAGGAGGCACCCAGUGGGACACAGCAGAGAGUACUUUGC